AUGUUGAUUCGUCCACUUCCUCACAGCAGAGAGCAACAUUUGAUUGAUGGAUUAAAACACAGUCAAUCACUACUUGUGACUCGAAACCCUCCCUUACAUUGGUACUCUUCCUCGCCAAUUCUACCAAAAUUUGCUAAAAACAGGGAGCCUUUUCUUAAAACAGGGGCCAUGUGCUUGGCGCUCGAAGAAGAUAGCAUCCAGUUAAAAGGGUCCAAUUUGAUGACUUAUUAUUUUGCUGACUUUGAAACUCUGAUUCAAUCAUUAAAAACUGAUUCCUCACGCAAUAAAAAUCAUACGGUGGAGCCGGAAAGUAAACAAAUCGAAGAGGUCGAGGUUCACAGCAGUAGAGGGAUGGCUUGGAAUGGGUAUGAGGGAUUGAAGAAAAUUGAGUUUGAUUUUUGUCGAGAAAGAUUAGGGAUUUUUAGGAAUUUAAUUGGGUUUGAUAAUGAAUGA